AUGCGACAUCAAGGAGGGCCUGGUCAGCCAGGAGCGUUCACAGUGAGUGACAUCAGAGCUGACAGUGUGACUCUGUCCUGGGAGCCCCCUGCUGGUGAAGUGCAGAACUACUCAGUGACCUGUUCCAGUGGAGAAGAUGUGGUACAAGAAUUCCAAACUGAGGAAACCAGUGUGACCAUCAGAGACCUGAGGCCGGGACAGCAGUACCUGUUCUCUGUGUGUGCACAGCUCCAGAGGCUCCAGAGUGAGGCUGCAGAGACCUCCACUCACACAAGUCCCAAACUGGAGAGUUUUCUGGAAGAAUUGCAGCUGAUCCGUCAUUACAAAGACAAGUUAUCGUUGACAGAAAUUCUCCAGAUUGAUGUCAAGGCUACAACAGACGAACCUGUCAGCUUUGUGCAGCAGGAACUGUCACUCAAAAUGUCCAUGUGUCAGUUUGCUGUUCCUCUGCUGCUUCCAAACUGUGACACAAACAAUUGCACACUGAUGCUGUGGGCUCUGAGAGACAUUGUCAAAAAGUACAGACCUAAAUCUCUCUCUGAAUCCAAGGGCUUCAAAGAAGAACGUGUCGUAAACUUUGAAAUCCCAAUGAUCUCGUUCGUGAGACUUGGUGAAUGCUCUUUGUCCAAGUCUGAGAUUCUAAACAAACUCCUGAGCAACUGGGAGUCCCAGCAAUACCACGACACCUUUGUGCACCGCAACAUGCAGUGUGAAGAAGACCGUUCACGCCAACAGCUGCAGCACCUUCCCAAACUGUGUGCACAGCUUCUGAUUGAUGGUUUUCCUCUGGAGCUGGUGGAUGGAGAUGCCUCCAACAUCCCUCUCAGAUGGGUGAGUGAUGUUCUGACCCAGCUCCAUGAACUGGUGUCUCCUAACAACAAGAUUCGGGUGAUCACAGUGCUCGGAGUCCAGAGCACAGGGAAGUCCACUCUCCUCAACACCAUGUUUGGAGUGCAGUUUGCAGUGAGCAGUGGCCGAUGCACGAGAGGCGCCUUUAUGUUACUCAUCAGAGUCAGUAAAGAUAUGAAAGCUUCUCUCAACUGCGACUUCUUAGUGAUCAUCGACACCGAGGGCCUCAAGUCUCCAGAACUCGCUCAACUGGACGAUAGUCACGAACACGACAACGAGUUAGCAACCCUUGUGGUUGGAUUGAGUGACAUCACCAUCAUCAAUAUUGCUAUGGAGAAUUCUACAGACAUGAAAGACAUCCUGCAGAUAGUUGUGCACGCUUUCCUCCGAAUGAAAGAAGUGGGUAAAAUACCCAGAUGUCAGUUUGUUCACCAGAAUGUUUCAGAUGUUUCAGCUCAUGACAAGAACCUCAGAGACAGAGAACUGCUCUUGCAGCAGUUAAAUGAGAGGACUCAAGCUGCAGCUAAGAUGGAGAAAAAAGAAGAGAAUAAGAGCUUCACUGAUGUCAUGGACUAUGACCCCGACACUGGAAACUGGUACAUCCCUGGACUGUGGAAUGGAAGCCCCCCAAUGGCCCCAGUCAAUGUGGAGGUGGUCACACAGAGCACUGGGCCUCACUGCAUCGGCCUCAAGCUUUUGGUGCUUACAGAUUUGUUUCAUCUGAAAUACUUAUAA